AUGAGCUCCCCCGGGACGGAGGGAGCGGGCAAGGCCCCGCAGUACCGCGUGGAUCACUUGCUGAGCGCCGUGGAGAGCGAGCUGCAGGCGGGCAGCGAGAAGGGCGACCCCACGGAGAGGGAGCUGCGGGUCACGCUGGAGGACAACGACCUGUGGCUGCGCUUCAAGGAGCUCACCAACGAGAUGAUCGUCACCAAGAACGGCAGGAGGAUGUUCCCGGUGCUGAAGGUGAGCGUGUCGGGGCUGGACCCCAACGCCAUGUAUUCAUUCCUGCUGGACUUCGUGGCGGCCGACGGGCACCGCUGGAAGUAUGUGAACGGGGAGUGGGUACCGGGCGGGAAGCCGGAGCCGCAGGCGCCCAGCUGCGUGUACAUCCAUCCCGACUCCCCCAACUUCGGCGCACACUGGAUGAAGGCUCCCGUCUCCUUCAGUAAAGUCAAACUCACCAACAAGCUCAAUGGCGGCGGGCAGAUCAUGUUGAACUCUCUGCACAAGUACGAGCCCAGGAUUCACAUAGUGCGAGUGGGUGGCCCGCAGCGGAUGAUCACCAGCCAUUCCUUCCCAGAGACUCAGUUUAUAGCCGUGACAGCGUACCAGAAUGAGGAGAUAACGGCUUUAAAAAUUAAAUACAAUCCGUUUGCAAAGGCAUUUCUUGAUGCAAAGGAAAGAAGUGAUCACAAAGACAUGAUGGAGGAAGUGGGAGACAACCAGCAGUCUGGGUAUUCGCAGUUAGGUAGUUGGCUUAUUCCUGGGACUGGGGCUCUGUGCCCACCUGCUAAUCCUCACCCUCAGUUUGGAGCCCCCCUGUCGCUCUCCCCUGCUCACAGCUGUGAAAGGUACUCAUCGCUGAGGAACCACCGUCCUGCCCCCUACCCCAACCCCUACACCCAUAGAAACAACUCUCCAACAUCCUAUGCCGAUAACUCCUCUGCCUGCCUUUCCAUGCUGCAGUCCCAUGACAACUGGUCUUCUCUAGGAGUUCCCGCACACACAACAAUGCUGCCCAUGAGUCACAGCACUGGCACAGCCACCAGCUCCAGUCAGUAUCCCAACCUAUGGUCUGUGAGUAACAGCACCAUCACUCCAGUGUCUCAGUCAAGUGGGAUGUCCAAUGGCCUGAGCUCCCAGUUCCUACGUGGCUCUCCAGGACACUACACUGCCCUCCCGCACCCGGUCACUGCUGCCUCCUCUGCUUCCCCACUGUACGACAGUGGGGCACCCUCCGACCUGCCUGAUAGCCAGUAUGAUCCCUCAGCGCAUGCCAGGCUGGCAUCCACGUGGACACCUAUCACCCCCCCUUCCAUGUAAACCCAGGCUUUUUCCUAUAGCACAGACUUUUUAGCUACUGAAUUACUUUAAAUGUUUGGUCCUCGAGGAAGAGAAACAGGAUGAAGAGUAAAUUACAAAGCAUCUGCACUGCUUUGCAUAGAGCAUCUACAUUAUACCUCUUAUAGUGAACAGUGCCUCGUUGACUUCAUGUAGAGUUUACAAACCUGGUGAGUGUGCAAUUCUGAGAGCAGAUUCACUGCUUUUAAUCCCUUUAUUUCUUUUUUUGUUUGUUUUGUUUUUAAUUUUAAUUUUGGUAGACUUAAGUUUUAAGAUUUUAACUUAGAUUCCAAAUUUCUCAGUGUUUGAUAACUUCUGGACCUGAAGUUCGGCAUUGUUCUUGAUUAAGUUACGCCUAACUGUUUUCCAGUUAAAUUUUUUAAUAGCAAAUUUAGCUAUAGUCAUGAGAAGACUUUCAUUAACCCUCAAGUUAGAAGCAUUCUGAAAUAUGCACAGAUGUAGCUGAUGAGUGAAGUUUUGGGAAAAUCAUGUGCACUAACACGUAUUUGCUUUACAAAUGCGUGGCGUUCUUAACUGUAUGCUUAUUUCCUUGCUGCUGAAUUAAC